AUGGUCAAGAUUGCUCUACUUGGCGCCGCUGGCCAGAUUGGCACCCCACUCAGUCUCCUGUGCAAAGCAAGCGAUCUAUUUGAUGAUAUCGCACUUUAUGAUGUUGUUCAUGUACCCGGCAUUGCCACCGAUUUGAACCACAUCGACACUAGGGCCAGGGUAAGUGGUUACCUUCCAGAGGACUCUGGUCUUAAGAAGGCACUCAGUGGUGCAGAUGUUGUCGUAGUAACCGCUGGUAUCGCUCGCAAGCCUGGCAUGACCAGAGACGAUUUGUUCAGGACCAACGCCAGCAUCAUUCGAGACAUCUUCACUGAGAUAGGGGCCACAUGUCCACAAGCGAUGUGUUGUGUUGUUACAAAUCCGGUCAACUCAACUCUGCCUGUUGCCGCUGAGGCCCUGAAGAAAGCCGGUGUUUUCGAUCCCACCCAUAUCUUCGGUGUUACAACUUUAGAUGUUGUUCGUGCCUCUACAUUCGUUGCCCACGCCUUGGGCGGCGAUGUCGAUCCUAAGGACUUCAAGGUCCCGGUCAUUGGUGGCCACAGUGGUGCUACCAUCCUUCCCCUUUAUAGUCAGGCUCAACCCCCGGUCAACUUGGAUCAUCAAACUCUGGCGGCUGUUAUCAACCGUGUUCAGUUCGGUGGCGACGAAAUCGUCAAGAGCAAGCAGGGGGCUGGAAGCGCUACGACGUGCAUGGCCUACGCCGGUUUUCGCUUCGUUAAGGCUCUUCUUUCAGGUAAAAAUGGACAGUCCAUUACCGAGGAAGCAUUUGUCUACCUGCCGGGGAUUCCUGGAGGCAAGGAGAUUGCUGCCGAGCUUGGCGUUGACUACUUCGCUGUCAAGAUCGAGCUUGGCAAGACGGGUGCUACCAAAGCCUUGCCUAUUGGCAAAAUAUCUGAACAUGAGACUAAGUUGCUGGAGGUGGCUCUCAAGGACCUGAGAACAAAUAUCGCUACGGGCUUGUCUUUCAUGGCAUAA